AUCUGGACUGAAUCAACAGACAUUAAGAGCGACGCGACACCAAGACCUUUAGUGAACGCCAAGCUUGCAUUAAGGAACUUUACAGACUGGAUUAACGAAGAUAGUACUAGAAACACUUUACCCACGUUUGAUCAUGCGAUGCUCUUUACUGGGUAUGACAUAUGGAACGGCGAGGACGCAAGCGGUAACAAAGCAGUGUCUGUGGCAGGUGUCGCCAAGGUGGGUCAGAUAUGUAAGCGGGACAGGACGUCUAUUAACGAGGAUCACGGAGGGUUUGCAUGCAUAGGUGUCAGCUCACACGAAAUGGGACACAACCUAGGUGCGGUACAUGAUGGAGAUAAUAAUACAUGCAAUGGGAGCCAGCAGUACAUCAUGGCGGCCGUUUCGGACGGUAAUGCCCCAUUGUCAGCACUGAGGAAUGCUUUCACGUUCUCAAAGUGUUCGGUGGAAGCUUUCCGCCAGAAGAUCUCUGAGUUGAACAGUGAAGAAAAUUGCCUGAACAACACAGCCAAGCCAGAGAACGAGACUUCUUGGGAGGAUUACAUGAAGACAUUCCCAGGUCAGAAGUACCCGCCAGAUGCACAGUGCAGGCAGCUAUACGGUCCUCAGUCUUACUAUUGUGGGGGAGAAAAGGCAGACUCAGAGAUUUGCGCACGCAUGUCCUGCUACAGCCCGGUAGACGGCACCUGCAUCCAGGGCGGAGGUAUACACGCAGCACGGGGAACCACGUGCGGAAACAAGAAGACAUCAACAGAGUGA